CUGGUUGCAAAGGGUCAAGUCAAGUAGUAGAUACCUCGGAGUAUAGUAUUCUUGGAUGGGUUGUCGAGAUGCCCUGCAGGGUAACAUGAAUGCCAGGUUGCAGACUUUGGUUACGCAACUGAUUUGUUUGUUUUAUCCUCGAGCAUUUCUUCUUCAUUUCUUCAUUUCUUCCCAAGGUAUGGACAUGCAUUUACCUGUCUGUCCCGAGAGCCGGUUGGUACCGGUAUGCAGGUCGCCAUUUUUGCAUGGUUCCGAAUCUACGGAGUACAAAGGUACACACGAACAUGGAGUAGGAUUGAUCAUCAACGGAAGAAGGGAUAAACCUAGUCCCAGGAUUGGCAGGGCCUAGAUGCGAAAUAUUAGGAGCCGAGGGAUUCUGAGUGGCUGGUAGGUACUCACUAUAGAAUAUGUAGUCUGACCUCGGAUAGU